CCAGUGGAUGUCUCUCUCACAUCCACGUUUCUCUCCCUCUCCCUCCCUCCCGCUCUCUCUGAAAAUCAGAGGAGUGAGGAAUAACAACAACAGGAAGUGCAUAAGAUCUAAAUAAACAUUUCGACAACCAGGAGGGAUGAGCGACAAAUAAGCACAGGCGAAGACGCUCAGCCUCGACAGUCAUGAAAACCGCAGUGAGAGUCUGCUGCACACGCACCGGAACGAAUAAAAGUAAAGGGGCCGGCGGAUGCCAGUGCGCAGCCAGGGUGUCGGCAGACCUGGCAGCGGCUCCUGCAGCCCGAUGGGGAACCAGCAACGACGGGCAUUCACCGUGAGGCAAGCGAAACUGCUACGCGCCUGCUGAGUAAAAGCAGCCAGGUGCAGAGCGCACGAGGCUCUACAGCAGGCCAGGCCCCGGCACGGCCCGUCCGGCAGCCAGGGACAGGGCAUGAGGCUCUACAGCAGGCCAGGCCCCGGCACAGCCCGUCCGGCAGCCAGGGACAGGGCAUGAGGCUCUACAGCAGGCCAGGCCGGCGGCACGGCCGGUCGCCGGGCUUGGGGCUGGUGCAGGAGACUGGGAAGAUCGGGCCUGAUGAAAACGUCCUGUGUGUUAUGAUUGCCAUCACCUGUCACCGUCAGAACUCAUUAAAUUAAUGCAUUUUAUCCCACAGAAGUUACAUCUUGAGCCAAUGGUUAAAAAGAAAGACAGAAAAGCAAAUCCCAGCCCUGCCCCUUCGGCUGUGUAGCUUUGGGUGGUUCCCACCUCUCCGCCGUCUCGUCUGUAAAAGGGUUGAUUAGCAGUGGAGAAAGCCGCUCCUGGCUACAUUUAUCAGCGUUGCAGGCCCUGUUCCUACUCUGAAAGCCCCUGGCACUGUCACCAACAAUGUGUCCUAGCAGUGUCGUCCACACCCUGUCUGGGACCUGCACGGUCUCCUUGUCACAGCCGAGCCACAUUGUUAAAAUUCAACCAUGGCUGUCAUCCAUCUUGCUCUGGUUAUCACGUCACCCAGACUGCAGCCUUGGGAGGCUGCCAUCACCAACAUCCACAUCAGAGCUGAGAGGGGAGAGAGGGGCCCCCCCGAGCCUCAUGAGCAGCCAACCCCAGAAGAAUCCUGGGACACGUGGUUUCUAGAAAUUGAAACUAGACUCAGUUUUCUGAAGCACUGUCUGGGACCAGCUUGACUGCGCUCCACACUGGGUCUUCCGGGGUGAAGGACAGUCUGCAGAGGGUCCUGCUGCAGGAAGGCAGGGGUGCCCUGGACGCCCACCAGCAUCGCGCAGGCAGGUGAGCAGCGCCUCGCUCUCAGAGUGAAGGCUGGACGAGACUGGUCCUGGUCCCAGGGCCAUCAGCACCACUGUCUCACUGCCACAUCUGCUGCUGCAGCCAGCCUGGCCAUGGCCCUCCCACGGCUCCUCUGGAUGUGGCUGCUGGUUGCAGGGACACAAGGCGUGAAAGAUGGUGAUAUGCGGCUGGCCAAUGGGACCUCUGCCAAUGAGGGCCGCGUGGAAAUCUUCUACGGAGGCCAGUGGGGGACAGUGUGUGACAACCUGUGGGACCUGACGGAUGCCAGCGUCGUCUGCCGUGCCCUGGGCUUCAAGAAUGCCACUGAGGCACCAGGCAGAGCCACCUUCGGGCCAGGAAAGGGCCCUAUCAUGCUGGACGAGGUGCAGUGCGUGGGGACGGAGCCCUCGCUGGCCAACUGCUCCUCCCUGGGCUGGCUGAGGAGCCAGUGCAGGCACAGCCAGGACGCCGGCGUCGUCUGCAGCAAAGAAACCAGAGGCACCCGUACCCUCGACCUGACCGGCGAGCUCCCCGAGGCCCUCGAGCAGAUCUUUGACAGCCAGGGGGGCUGCGACCUGUCCAUUGAGGUGACAGUGGAGGGCUCCGAGCACCUGCGCAUGUGCGCCCACAGUCUGAUCCUGGCCAGCAACCCCGAGGCCCAGGCCCUGUGGAAGGAGCCAGGCAGCACGGUCACCAUCGAGGUGGACGCUGAGUGCCUGCCUGUCGUCACAGACUUAAUCAGGUACUUUUAUUCCCGAAGGAUCGAUGUCUCCCUGUCAACCGUGAGGUGUCUCCACAAGCUGGCCUUUUCCUAUGGGGUUGAGCAGCUGCAGAGCUACUGCUCGGGCCUCUUCUCCUUCUUCCUCCCCGAGGACCCCUCCUUCCAGACGGCCCUGGACCUCCACGCCUACGCACUGGCCACCCAGGACCCCCUGCUGGAGGAGCUGUGUGUAAAGUUCCUGGCCUGGAAUUUCGGGGCCCUGAUAGGGUCCGAGGCCUGGCCACGCGUCCCCACCGCCCUGCUCCAAGCUCUGCUCUCCAGGAGCGAGCUGGCCGUGCCCAGCGAGCUGGCCCUGCUGAUGGCCCUGGACGCCUGGAGCCAGGAAACGGGAACCACCAACAGGGACGUGGAAGGCCUGGUGGAGAGGGUCCGGUUCCCCAUGAUCCUGCCCGAGGACCUCUUCCAGCUGCAGUUCAACCUGAGCCUGUACUGGAGCCACCAGGCCGUCUUCCAGGAGAAGGUCCUACAGGCCCUGGAGUUCCACACCGUGUCCUUGGGGCGCCUGUCCCAGUUCCGAGGCCUGAACCUCUCCUCGGACGCCUACCAGCCCCGGCUCUACACCUCGCCCACCUGGAGCGGGUCUGUGAAGGAUAGAUCCCGAGACUCCUCCCCCUAUCAGAAUAAUUUCUACAGCUAUAGGUCCUACCACACCAGGGACAACACCUACCAGUCCUUCAACACCCCACCGCACCCCAGCUUCCUCUUCCAGUCCAGCCAGGUCUCCUGGUCUCUCAUCUACCUCCCCACUGUCCAGAGCUGCUGGAACUAUGGGGUCUCCUGUUCCGCUGACGAGGUCCCUGUCCUGAGCCUCUCCAAGUCUGGCUACUCGGAUCCCACCAUUGGCUAUGAAAACAAAGCCCUCAUGCUCUGCCAGGGCCGCUUCGUGGCCGACGUCACGGGUUUCAAGAACGGGAAGGCCAUGGUCCCCAAUGCCCUGGACACCAACAGCUCCAGGAGAGCUUCCCUCUUCCCCUGCCCGGAGGGGUCCUUCAGCAGCUUCCGAGCCGUGAUCCGCCCCUUCUACCUGACCAACUCCUCAGCCCUGGACUAGGCAGGAGGCUGCCCUCCCAGGGGGCCGAGCCGAGCUCCUUUCUCUCCACAAGCAACCACCUCUCACAACCGGCCUCCAGAUGGCCCCCUGCUGCCACUGAUCACUCUCUCUCUGAGCUUAAAGAAAGUACUGGAAGGUUUCAGCCCGGAGGCCGAGAACCCCCAGUUUCCCUGCUGCCUGGCUGGCUGGUCAGGAAGUGAGUGAGAAGACACGAUCGUCGUGGCUGCUGGAUUUCCACCGCCUUUCACUUGCUCAGCCCUCUGUUGUCCCUUGUCGCGGAUCAUUAAAACCGUGCAGUGGCCCCAGGUCCUCUCCUUCAUG